AUGGCGGGCAAAAAGCGUAAAGCAUCGGGCGCCGAGGGUCGCAAAGAAGAUGCCAAGCGACAAGCCACAGAGUCCGCCUCUGGAAGCACUCCAGCAACUGCUGGUCAGGCAAGCAAGAAUGCCGCUGUCGGUGCGACGAUGGUGGAGGCUAGUCAGGGAAGAGCCAACGUGAACUACGUUGCGAGGUUCUUUGACUACAAGGAGAGGCUGCACAAAGCCAAUUCUGUGAGUAGUGAAAGUCGUCGGCCGAGGACAUCGCUCCCAAGCCCGCUGGCUAGCUCGAACGACCUGACCUCGGCCUGCUUCCAUCUCGUGACAUCCUCUUCGCGCUCACUGCCUGAUGUUAUGGCACAGAAACGUGAUGGCUAUCACGAUGCUCUACGGCGGUCCAUGACGAAGCAUUGCGACUUGCAAGAAGAGAUAGAGUAAGCAAGCCUUCUCAAUUGUCCAAGCAACCGACAAGUCCUUCCACUCGCUCACCCUCCGCUCUCAUCUGUCCUAGUUACAUCCUCGACGCAAUUGCUACAGCGCGUCAAAAGAGGCUAGGAAGCUCGGCACAGGCAAAGCUGGAGCGCUCUGAGCGAGAUCGGUCAAAGCUUGCCUCCGCACUGGGUCCAGCACCUCAGUCCACCUUGUCUCACUUGCUCGAUGACCAGAAGCAGAAGCGGCGGGAGUGA